GCUCAGCCCAGGUGCAGCAACAGAAAGUGCACCGCUGGGUGUGUCCAUGUGUGUGUGUGUGUGUGUGUGUGAUGGGGGGGUUAACCUGAUUAGCUGAGCAAUAACUCCUGAUACAAAUAGCAGCCGUAUACUCCGUGUCAACACGCCGUGUCCUUUUCUCUGUCUCACACCUCAACAGGAUCGGCUGGACCAGACUUCACUGGUUGCCACAAUGAGUCCGAAGAAUGUCAUCUUUAAGAAAGCGUGCAAAGACAAGUCGGUGGCUGUGUAUAUGGGGAGACGAGAUUUUGUUGAUCAUGUUGAUUCAGUGGAUCCAGUGGAUGGUGUUGUUCUAAUAGACCCCGAGCUUCUGAAAGGCAAAAAAGCGUACGUCACCCUGUCCUGUACCUUCCGCUACGGCCGAGACGACAUGGACGUGAUGGGAAUAGCGUUCCGGAGAGAUAUUUACCUCUCCACCCGGCAGAUCUACCCCCCUCUGCAGGACAGGGAGCAGUGCACUCUCACCAAGGUGCAGGAGAAACUGCUACGCAAACUGGGCCACAAUGCAUACCCCUUUUUCUUUGAAUUCCCUGAUAAUCUGCCCUGCUCCGUAGGACUGCAGCCGGCUCCUACCGACGUGGGCAAGCACUGUGCUGUCGAGUUCGAGGUGAAGGUCUUCAGCGCUGAGAACCUGGACGCUAAAGUCCGCAAGAGGAGUACUGUACGUCUGAUGAUCCGUAAGGUCCAGUACGCUCCGGAGAAAUCCGGUCCCGCGCCUUCGGUCUCUGUCACCCGGGACUUCCUCAUGUCGGACAAACCACUCCGUGUGGAGGCGAGCCUGCAGAAGCAGACGUAUUAUCACGGAGAGCCGAUCAAGGUACGGGUCAACAUCAACAAUGAGUCCAACAAGAACAUCAAGAACGUUAUUCUUUCCGUGGAUCAAAUUGCCACCGUCGUUCUUUACUCCAACGACAGCUACAUGAAGUCAGUGACCACAGAGGAUUCUGGGGACACCUUGGGUCCAGGUGGCAAAAUGGAGAAGGUGUAUACACUCCUCCCUCUUCUCACCAACAACAAGGAAAGGCGGGGAAUCGCCCUGGAUGGAAAACUGAAGCAUGAAGACACCAACCUGGCCUCGACCAGCAUAAUUAAAGAAGGCGUCCUGAAGGAGGUCUUGGGGAUUCUGGUGUCCUACAGAAUCAUAGUCAAGCUCAUCAUCGGAGGGCUGAUGGGAUCCAGUGAGAUUGGUCUGGAGUUGCCGUUCCAACUCAUGCACCCGAAGCCUGAAACAGUGAGAGAAAGCGAAAUGGACGACGACAUGGUGUUUGAAGAUUUCAAGCGCUCUUUUAUGAAGGGCAUGACGGAGGAUGAAGAAGAAGGGAAUAUUUCUGCCGGGGAGCCUUGAGAAACCUUCGAGGGACCGAUCGCUAUCCGGACAUUACGGCCAGCCUCCUGGAGACGAUCGAGAGCGUGAGAUAGAGAGUACGAUGAACCGCGAUGAACAUCUAUCUGCAGUAACACCGAGACGACGAGUUGCGUUCUUCCUGUAGCGCGCUAGAAAAAAAAACAUUGGCUGUCGGUCUUUGGUCUUGUGUCAGUUGUAUUAUGUUGAAAUCAUAGUAACGGAAAAGUCACCGCUUCUUUCCGGAUUAAAGUAGGCGAAUGGUGUACGGCCAUUGAUUUUUAGACCUUUAAGUUAGCAAUUUUCAGUAUCUGCGAGAAAGCAGAUAUAAUAGAUGUCAUGAUGUAGGAUUUAUAUCACUGUAUCAGAAGAAAGAAAAAAAAAGAAGUCAAUUUGAACUGUUUUGUCGUUUUAAAACCGUUCUUUAUUACAGUAUCAUAUAAUAAAGCCAAAAGAUC